UCUCUUUCUCUAGCUAUCACCCUCAGUACUACUGCACGAACAUUGCUUUUCAUCAUCAAGGCUUAUUACUGCUGCACCCAAUGAUCCCCACAAUCAUUCCACUUAUAUACUUGCUUCUCUUCCUCCCUUCCUUCCUUGCAACAACCACCUUAACAGCCUCUCAACCUCCCCAGUUCUCUCCCAAAUGGCUCCUCAGUCUAUUACCUUCCUUUUUGGGAUGGUAUUACUCUUAUCACUCUCUUAUCUCUCUCAAGCAAUCAACACUGACAAGCAGCCUCAGUUUUUCACCCUCAUGAAACAGUCUGUCUCCGGGAAAUCCUUGGCUGAGUGGAAUGUCUCAGCUGAAGGAAAGCCUUACUGCAACUUCCGUGGAGUUGGUUGUGAUGAUCAAGGUUAUGUUAUCCAGAUUGAUGUCACUGAUUGGGGACUUUUUGGUCACUUCCCAGCAGAUGCAUGCUCUUACUUGCCAAAGUUGCGUGUGCUCCGUCUCGGCUACAACAGAUUCAUUGGCAACUUUCCUUACAGCAUCGUCAACUGCUCGGUCUUAGAAGAGCUUAGCAUGAAUCGCCUGAAUCAAACAGGACCACUCCCUGAUUUCUCACCCUUGAAAUUUUUAAGGAUACUUGAUUUGUCAGACAACCAUUUUGGGGGUAACUUCCCUAUCUCGGUAACUAACCUGACCAAUCUUGAGGUGCUUAGCUUCAAUGAAAACCCGGGCUUCAACUUAUGGCAACUUCCAGAGAAUAUUUCAAGGCUGACAAAGCUCAAACGUAUGGUCUUGUCAACAUGCAAGGUGCAAGGUCUAAUCCCUGCAACAAUAGGAGGCAUGACAUCCCUUGUUGAUCUUGAAUUGAGUGGAAAUUUCCUUGUGGGUCAAAUUCCAAAAGAGAUUGGGUUGUUGAAGAACUUGCAACUGCUUGAGCUUUACUACAACCAACUUACUGGUUACAUACCAGAGGAGAUAGGAAAUCUGACAGAGCUCAUAGACUUGGACAUGUCAGUGAAUAAAUUACAGGGCAAGAUCCCCGAGUCCAUUUGUACCCUUCCAAAGCUCCAAGUCUUGCAGCUUUACAACAACAGCCUCAGUGGAGAAAUCCCAGGUGUGAUUGCAAACUCAACAACCUUAACUACUUUGUCACUUUAUGGCAAUUUUCUGACAGGUGAAGUUCCACAAAAUCUGGGACAAUCAUCAUCGAUGGUUGUUCUAGACCUGUCAGAAAACAAUCUGACAGGUCCUUUGCCACCAGAGGUUUGCAAGGGAGGCCAAUUGCUUUACCUUCUUUUCCUUCAAAAUAUGUUCUCUGGAAAUUUGCCUGAAAGUUACACAAAAUGCGAGUCUGUUUUAAGGUUUCGAGUCAGUAAGAACCUUUUAGAGGGGUCCAUACCUGAAGGACUUCUCAGUCUUCCCCAUGCUUCAAUCAUUGACUUGGGUGACAAUAACUUCACUGGUCCCAUUGCUGAUACAAUUGGAUAUCCUAGAAACUUGUCAGAACUGCUUCUGCAGGGAAACAAGAUUUCGGGUGCUAUACCUUCUAGUAUCUCUCGAGCAACCAACCUGGUAAAAAUUGAUCUUAGUAAUAAUCUCCUGUCUGGUCCAAUACCUUCUGAAAUUGGCAAUUUGAGAAAGCUAAAUACACUGUUUUUACAAGGCAACAAGCUUUCAUCUUCCAUCCCAAGUUCACUUUCUUGGCUGAAAUCUCUCAAUGUCCUUGAUCUCUCAAACAACCUUUUGACAGGAAGUAUCCCAGAAAGUCUAUCUGAAUUGUUACCGAACUCCAUCAACUUAUCAAACAAUAACCUUUCUGGUCCAAUUCCUGUGUCUUUAGUAAAGGGAGGGUUGGUCGAGAGCUUUUCAGGCAACCCAGGUCUGUGUGUGUCAGUCAAUGUGUAUUCAUCCGAUCAAAAUUUUCCCACUUGUCCACAGCCUUCCAACCGAAAGAAGCUAAACUCCAUCUGGGUUAUCGGAAUUUCAAUAGCUCUCAUUGUGCUUGGAGCUGUCCUUUUCCUCAAGCGUCGAUUUAGUCAACAAAGAGCUUCCAUGGAACAUGAUGAGACCAUGUCUUCUUCAUUCUUCUCAUAUGAUGUAAAAAGCUUCCAUCGAAUAAAUUUCGACCAACGUGAGGUCAUUGAAGCCAUGGUUGACAAAAACAUAGUGGGACAAGGAGGAUCUGGGACUGUGUAUAAGAUUGAUUUGAGUAGUGGGGACGUUAUUGCGGUGAAGAGGUUGUGGAGUCGAAAAGCAAAAGACACAGCUUCAGAGGAUCAGUUGUUUUUACACAAGGAGUUGAAAACUGAGGUGGAGACUCUGGGAAGUAUAAGGCACAAAAACAUAGUCAAGCUGUACUGCUACUUCUCAAGUUUAGAUUGCAGCCUGCUGGUUUAUGAAUACAUGCCAAAUGGUAACCUUUGGGACGCCCUUCACAAAGGGUGGAUUCAUUUGGAUUGGCCAACCCGCCAUCAGAUCGCGCUAGGGAUCGCACAGGGUUUGGCAUACCUCCACCAUGAUCUGCUCCCUCCUAUCAUUCACAGAGACAUCAAGUCCACCAAUAUCCUCCUAGAUAGUGAGUACCAGCCAAAGGUUGCAGAUUUUGGCAUAGCCAAGGUUUUACAAGCAAGAGGAGGGAAGGAUUCAACCACUGCAGUAAUUGCUGGGACUUACGGUUACUUGGCACCAGAAUAUGCAUAUUCUCCAAAAGCAACAACCAAGUGUGAUGUCUACAGUUUCGGAGUAGUGCUAAUGGAACUGAUAACGGGGAAGAAGCCGGUAGAGCCAGAGUUUGGUGAGGGCAAGAAUAUCACAUAUUGGGUCUCAAACAAAGUGGACUCCAAAGAAGGAGCUUUGGAGGUCUUAGACAAUCGAUUAUCAGGGUCAUUCAGGGACGAGAUGAUCCAGGUUCUUCGGAUUGCCAUUCGCUGUACCUACAAGUCACCAGCCCGUCGCCCAACUAUGAAGGAAGUAGUUCAGUCUCUAUUUGAGGCAACCCCAUGCAGAUUCGAUUCUUGCAAGUUGUCAAAUAAGACCAAAGAAACACCAAAUGUCACUAAAAUAAAGAACCAAUUUGAUUUAUGAUUCCAUGAGGAGUUUGCAAGGUUCAAGUUGAUGUAAUAUAUCUAUAGAAAUAUAGUCUCUCAAAUUACACUAAAGAGAGAGAGAGAGAGAGUGAGACUCAUCAUAAAGGGAAACUUGCUAUGUAAUUUUUAACAAUAGCUUGUAGAUUGUCUUUAAUCUAUAUACUUCUUUUUUAUUUUGUUU